UAGGCCCCAGUAUGAUUUGUAUUUAUUUAUUUAUUUAUAGAAGGACCAUUCACCCUUUCCCUUCAUAAAUGGGAAUGUUACGUUUAAAUCAGACCUAAAAUGAUCCAGUAAAUGUCUAGUUACGUGAUUUAUUUUAAACGGUAACUAGAGCUAACUAUAAUUCUUGCCGUGACACUUUUGUUUUGAAAGAACCGUGUGCUAUAUCAAGGUUUUAGCAGCUGCAGCUAGCUCAAACAGCGACAAACAUCAUCAUGGCAGCCGAGUGCGAUGUUUUGUCUGAAAUCGAGGUGCUGCAGUCCAUCUAUCUGGAUGAACUGCUGGUCAACAGGAAAGAAGAAGGGUGCUGGGAGGUGAGCCUGGUCCUGUACCCGUCCACAGCUGAGGACUCUGUCUCACAGUUUGUCCGCCUCACCCUGACUCUGACCCUGGAUCAGCAGUAUCCCUCGUCUUCUCCAGCAAUCUCCAUUCGUAACCCUCGGGGGCUUUCUGAUGACAAGAUCAGUAGUGUCCAAAAGUGUCUUCAGUUGGAGGCUCAGUCCUGUCUGGGUUCACCCGUGCUGUAUCAGCUCAUUGAGAAAGCUAAAGAAAUCCUGACUGAAAGCAAUAUUCCUCAUGGAAACUGUGUCAUUUGCCUCUAUGGCUUUAAGGAGGGAGAGACGUUCUCCAAGACGAGCUGCUACCACUACUUCCACUCCCACUGCCUCGGCCGCUACGCCAGCCACGCAGAGAGGGAGCUCCAGCAGAGGGAGCGCGAGUUAGAGGAGGACAAGACCCGAGACCACACCCAGCGUCAGGAGCUGACUGUGGUGUGUCCGGUGUGUAGAGAGCCGCUGUCGUAUGACGUGGACCAGCUUCUGUCCUCGCCUGCACCCCAGCUGCCCGAGCUGGACGAAGUGGUGAUUGGUUCAAAAUUUCAGCAGAAGUGGUGCAAGCUGCAGAAGCUUCUGGAGAGGCAGCGGUCUAAAGGGGGGAUCAUUGAUCCGGAGGUGGAAUCAAAUCGAUUUCUCAUCCAUACCAACGAGGCUCCACCUGCUGCUGAAAACGAAAACCUCGACCCAGACGCCUCCCCCGCCCCCCCGGCACCCUCUGCUUCUAAGGUUCCCUCGUAUGAAACUGGUUUCAGAGUGGACCACUCUGUUCCUGGACUCUCCCAAUGCAGGGGCGCUCAGGCUCCGAGGCGGGGGCCGAGGAGAGGAGGCCGGUUCCGACCGCAACAUCACCGGAGAGCGGCCCCCGUCACGGAGCACCUGCACAAACUGUCUCUGUCCUCCCACGAGGGGCCGAUUAAAGCUCAGGGUAACCAACAAAUGCAAGAGAAUGCAGAAUUCUGUCAGUCUAAGACAGGCAGGGUGGUCCCGGCAGAGACCCCGAUGUCUGGGGAGGGUCCCCCACUGUACCAGGCAGCCUUGGACACUGAAUGCCCAAAAGAAGCUGCAGGCGGGCGGGGUCACCGUGGAAGGAGAAGGGCUCCUCACUGGGGGGACUCGGACCCAACCACCGGGCGCUACCAGUGGGACGGGCGGGCUUCAAGAAGCAGGGGAGGGCCCAACAACCUGUACGACAGAGGUGGGGGGCCCCGCCGGGGUCACGUCAGGGGCUUCCAGCACAAUGUGGUGGAGAGAGAGAGGGCGAGGGAGGAGGUUCUAUGACAAAGGGCAACAGGAGGGCCAGUGAACAAAUGUGCGUGUGCCUCCAUUUUCAGUCUGCGUAAAUUAAAGCCCUGCACCAGAAACGA